AUGUUGGAGGUGACGUGCAACGAUCGUCUGGGAAAGAAAGUGCGCAUAAAGUGCAAUGGCAGCGACACCAUCGGCGACCUGAAGAAGCUAGUCGCAGCGCAGACCGGCACUCGGUCAGAAAAGAUUAUACUGAAAAAAUGGUACACAGUUUACAAGGACCACAUUUCGUUGGAAGACUACGAAAUCCAUGACGGUUUCAACUUUGAGCUCUACUACCAAUGA